GGAGCGUAGCUACGGCUUUGCGCACGCACAACGGUCCAGACUACUGAUGCCAGUGGGCAAAGGAGGGCUGCGCGCUCAGGUCAUGUGACACGAGAGGCACCGAAUUUCUUUGGAGUCAGCGCCAUUUUUUGUAGAUGAAGGUUGAAGUUCCCCAGAGGUUGGAAGGACAUCCCGUGGUGAUUUAGCCUCGUUCCGCGGCCUGAGGUCGGGGUCAGGCUCCGGCUCUGGCGCUCACUCGGAGGUGCUACCUCAUGGAGACGCCUGCGGCCGCCACCCUUGCCGGGAGCUUCUUCCCCUCGUUCCUAUUCCUGGUCUGCGGGACGUUAGUGGCAGCUGUGCUGGGCGCCGCUCAUUCCCUGGGGCUUUUAUAUCGGUUGACGCACAAGGUGGACAAGGCAAGUAUCAGGCAUGGUGGGGAGAGCGUGGCAGCUGUGCUGAAGGCCCAUGGUGUGCGGUUCCUCUUUACACUGGUUGGUGGGCACAUUUCCCCGCUGCUGGUAGCCUGUGAGAAGCUGGGCAUCCAUGUGGUGGACACACGCCACGAAGUCACGGCUGUGUUUGCUGCCGAUGCUGUGGCUCGCCUGACAGGAACGGUGGGUGUGGCGGCAGUGACGGCAGGCCCGGGCCUCACCAACACAGUAACAGCAGUGAAGAAUGCCCAGAUAGCUCAGUCUCCAGUCCUGCUUCUGGGUGGCGCUGCCAGUAUUCUGCUGCAGAACCGGGGUGCGCUCCAGGCCAUUGAUCAGAUGUCCUUGUUCCGGCCACUCUGCAAGUUCUGUGCUUCCGUGAAGAGGGUGCGGGACAUCAUGCCCACCCUGAGGGCCGCAAUGGCUGCUGCUCAGUCAGGCACCCCGGGCCCAGUGUUUGUGGAGCUGCCUAUUGAUGUGCUGUACCCCUAUUUCAUGGUCCAGAAGGAGAUAUCAUCAACCAGGCAACCCAAGGAUAUCAUGGGUCGAGUAGUCUCGUGGUACUUAGAUAAUUACCUGGCCAACCUCUUUGCAGGAGCCUGGGAGCCUCAGUGUGAGGGGCCCCUGCCUCUGGACAUCCCCCAGGCAUCCCCCCAGCAGGUUCAGCGCUGUGUGGAGAUCUUGAGCCGGGCCAAAAGGCCCCUUCUGGUGGUGGGGAGCCAGGCCCUGCUGCCCCCAACACCUGCCGACAAGCUUCGGGCUGCUGUGGAGGCCUUAGGUGUCCCCUGCUUUCUGGGCGGGAUGGCACGGGGGCUCCUGGGCCGCAGGCACCCCCUCCACAUCCGGCAGAACCGCAGCGCCACCCUGAAGAAGGCCGAUGUUGUCCUCCUGGCAGGAAUUGUGUGUGACUUCCGCCUGUCUUAUGGCCGUGUCCUGAGUCGUAGCAGCAAGAUCAUCAUUGUCAACCGUAACCGGAAAGAGAUGUUGAUCAACUCGGACAUGUUCUGGAAGCCUCAGGAGGCAGUGCAGGGAGAUGUGGGGUCCUUCAUGGUGAAGCUGGAGGAGGGCCUUCGGGGCCAGACGUGGCCCUCAGAUUGGGCAGAGGAGCUUCGGCAAGCUGACCAGAAGAAGGAGCAGUCCUUUUGGGAGAAGGCAAUGAUGCCUGUAGCCCAGCACCUGAAUCCAGUGCGGGUGCUGCAGCUGGUGGAGGAAACUCUGCCCGACAACUCGAUUCUGGUGAUGGAUGGUGGAGACUUCGUGGGCACUGCUGCCUACCUGGUGCGGCCCCGUGGCCCCCUGUGCUGGCUUGAUCCUGGGGCCUUUGGAACUCUGGGGGUUGGCGCAGGAUUUGCACUUGGGGCCAAACUGUGCCGGCCAGAUGCUGAGGUCUGGUGUCUAUUUGGGGAUGGAGCUUUUGGGUACAGCCUCAUUGAAUUUGACACCUUCGUCAGACACAAGAUCCCAGUGAUGGCCUUGAUAGGGAAUGAUGCUGGUUGGACUCAGAUUUCUCGGGAGCAGGUGCCCUGUCUGGGCAGCAAUGUGGCCUGUGGCCUGGCCUACACUGAUUAUCACAAGGCAGCAAUGGGUCUGGGGGCCCAGGGCUUGCUGCUCUCACGGGAGAAUGAGGAUCAGGUGGUCAAGGUGCUGCGUGACGCCCAGCAGCAGUGCCGAGACGGUCACCCAGUCGUGGUUAACAUCCUCAUUAGCAGGACGGACUUUCGUGACGGCUCUAUUGCCAUGUAGGGCCUUGACUCAUCCCAGAACCUGUGCAUAUUGAUUUAUUGUCCACAAAGAUGGAAAUGAAGGAAAGAGCCGAGAGACAGGAGGGGACCUUACUCUCCCACUGGAACUCUGGGACCCACUGAGGCACCACUACUAGGGAGUUCAGAGUCCUUGGCAUUGUGAACCCUUUUCCUGCUCCAUGGUCCCUGAAAGAGCCCCACAUGCCAACUCCAGAUGUGUCCAUGCACACCUGUACACACACACACGCACGCACGCAAUAAAUAUAUUCCGUACCAAA